GGUAUGGAGCCAGGGCUGGGUGGCCGAGGCGCGGCUCGCAGGCAGGGACCCCCGGACGCCCCUCAGCCCCGGGAGCAGGAGCGGAAGCUGGAACAGGAGAAGCUCUCCGGGGUGGUGAAGAGCGUCCACCGGCGACUCCGCAAGAAGUACCGCGAAGUGGGAGAUUUUGAUAAGAUCUGGCGAGAGCACUGUGAAGAUGAGGAAACACUUUGUGAAUAUGCUGUUGCAAUGAAAAAUUUGGCAGAUAAUCAUUGGGCAAAAACUUGUGAGGGUGAAGGUCGCAUUGAAUGGUGUUGUAGUGUAUGCAGAGAAUAUUUCCAAAAUGGUGGGAAGAGAAAAGCACUUGAGAAAGAUGAAAAAAGAGCCGUACUUGCCACUGAGACCACUCCAGCCUUAAACACACACGAGUCUUCUAAACUUGAAGGUCAUUUAACCAGUCUCACCUUUACAAACCCUGAAUUUAUAUCUGAGUUGCUUCAAGCCUCUGGAAAGAUCAGGUUACUUGAUGUUGGCAGCUGCUUUAACCCAUUUCUGAAGUUUGAGGAGUUUUUAACUGUUGGCAUAGACAUUGUACCUGCUGUAGAGAGUGUAUAUAAGUGUGACUUCCUGAACUUACAGCUUCAGCAACCACUGCAGCUUGCACAAGACGCUAUAGAUGCAUUUCUGAAGCAGCUGAAAAACCCUAUUGAUUCUCUUCCUGGAGAACUUUUCCAUGUGGUGGUUUUCUCUCUUCUCCUUUCCUAUUUUCCAUCACCCUAUCAGCGAUGGAUAUGCUGCAAGAAAGCCCAUGAACUGUUAGUGUUAAACGGUUUAUUACUUAUCAUCACACCUGAUUCCUCACAUCAGAACCGUCAUGCUAUGAUGAUGAAAAGCUGGAAGAUUGCUAUAGAGUCUCUGGGCUUUAAACGCUUCAAGUAUUCAAAAUUUUCUCAUAUGCAUCUGAUGGCAUUUAGGAAAAUCUCCCUAAAAACCACAAGUGACUUAGUUAGUAGGAACUAUCCAGGGAUGUUGUAUAUUCCUCAGGAUUUCAACAGUGUAGAAGAUGAGGAAUAUGCUAAUCCUUCCUGCUAUGUCCGAUCAGAUGCAGAAGAUGAGCAACUUGCGUAUGGUUUCACAGAGCUCCCUGACGCUCCGUAUGACUCAGACUCGGGGGAAAGUCAAGCCAGCUCUAUUCCCUUCUAUGAGCUAGAGGAUCCUAUAUUACUUUUAAGUUAGUACACAAGCAAAAAGCCUUUUCAAUCCAGACUCCUAUGCUAAUAACAUACACUAAUUGGAAAUACUAACAUGAACUCAGUACUUUUAAAACCUGGUUUGCAUUGAAGAAAUGCAAGAUUUACAGAGUUUGCUAUUUUUUUCUACUUCCGGAUUUCAAAAUUUAUUCUUCUAUAGGAAGCUUAAAAGUUUCAUGUAGAGAGUGCUCCAACUUCUGUUGUAGCAGAAACCACUGUUACUUAGCAUUUCACAUGAAAAUAGAAAGGUACCUUUUUUCCCUUUAGUGCUAUGAAGUGAGAUGAAGCAUAAUUUACUAUGUAUUUUCCUUUACAGUUGUUCAGUGUUGACUUUAAACCAUUGUGUUGAGGAACUUUAAGAUAUGUAGAAAGCUGUAGAUUGCACUUUGAUGACUCACAAUUUAAAUAUUUCACGAAAUAGAUUGGUUUAGUUUUUUUGUGAUGCACUUAUCUUUUUCUUUAAAUUGUUACCUGUUAAAGAUAGACAUUUUCUGUUCAGUGUCAUCUGAUGUUCCAAUAUAUCCUGAAGUUUUUAAAUUGGUAAUAACUCUUUCCUUUUUUCUUAUGAAUCUCAUUUGGCAACAUCAGACCUUGGGAGAGAUUUCUCCAAAGUAUGUAUUUUUUUUAAUCUCAUUAGCACGUAUAGUAAACACCAUUGCCAGAGUAGUUCUUUCAUAACUUUUCGUUAAACAGUUUGGCCUUGGUGUAAGUAUAUUUACCUGUGAAAGUUCACUUUAAGUUUUUAAAAUUUAAAUUUCAUAUAGAAAAUUUUCUACCUAAGCAAGAAACAAUGUAUACCACUCAAUACUGACUGAAAACCCCUUUGUGAAAGGGUUUGCACUUGUAAAAGACUUUAUGUUCUUAUGAGACCAACUUUAGUAGGGUCCACACCUUUCCAUUCAUGAGGUGCGCACUACAAGUCUGGAAUUAUAUUAAACUUUUUUUAAAAAAUUAACCCUGUACUGAUAAUCUAAUUAAAUGAUCUCGUCCUUUCAGUAUCCUAACUUCUUUCUAAUCCCUAUCAGAAAAUUUUCUUUCACUAUCUAAACCAUUAGUUGGCUGUGGGAAAUUUUCCCUUUCCACAUUGAUAUGCCUUUCUGCGUUUCUGAAUCAGAAGCAAAUGAUUAAGGAGAAUAUAUGUCCAAGCAAGACAAGUUUAAACAGCUAAGAACAUUUGUGCACAGUGUCUUGUCAGCCAGCAUUUGUCAUGUAAACUAUCAUUUUUAAGAGUGCCACUGUGUGGAUUUUUUUCAAGUGGUUAUUACAUUAAAAUUACCUCAUACUGAGGUUUUUGCACUGAAAUAUCACAGUUUCAGAUUUCAUGGUUUGUGUGGGUGUGUGUGUGGGUGUGCAAAUAUAUGAACACACACAUGUAUGUGUGUUUAAAGGAAACUUGCAUUUUCAGUUGUUCCUAAAUAUCAUAAGCUGCACUACGUUACUCUAGUGAAAUUGAUGUUUUGUGCUUAUUGUGAACUGCUUUUGUUAAUUUUGAAUGUCGAAUUUUAUUUAGAAAUAUAAAACUUAUCCUUUAAGAUGUAAGUGUUGAGUAUGUGUAUCCAAUAUUUCAAAUUAAGUUUGACACACUAAAUUAAUGAAAAUAACAAGAUUAUAAUUAACCUUUAAAAAGUCAGCUGUUUAAAUGCAAUAAAUACUGGUUGUUCAAAUAUACCAUAAAUAACCUGAAAUUAUUCCCUUAAUUUCAAUAGUAUAACAAUCCUGUAAUAAUAAAGAUUGACUUAUUUUUCUAGUUAGGCACUACAGAAUCAUGUCUCAUUGCUUCCUUAAAAGAAAAAAGGAAAAGAUUGAAACCUGUGUCCAGAAUAAUACGAAACUGUAUUUUGAUGGUAUCCCUCUUACCAUACUGGCUUUUUUAUUUGUUUGUUGUUGUUGUUGUUGUUGUUGUUUAUUUGACUAAUUGCAUUCAUAAGAGCAAAGGAAACAAUACACCAAAUGAAAACUUUGAAACUAAAUUAAAACAGUGCUGUUGGAAGGUUGGUCUAAGGAUGACCUUUGAAACAGCUUUUGUGUUACAGAUAAAAUGUUGGUGCUAUCAGUUCUUCUGUUUACAGACAGAUGUUGGUUCUGCUUAUGCCUCAAAGUGUGCAUGAUGUAUUUGAAGUAGUUCUUUUAAAAAAAUAUCUUUAUAAAACCUACUACCACUUAGUAGAAAUUUUGUUCGCAUUUGUAUCAUUGUCCAUUCAUCUUACUUAAAUUAGGUUGACACAGGACUUACACCGAUACAUAUUCCAUUAAGGCCAUAUCAGUAUGUAUACAAGUGUAGAAACAGCAGUCAUGGCUUGGGGCCAGAUUAUGUUUUUAAUGACAAAUGAACUUUAACAAGUUUUCAUACUGUAUGAGUACUUGAAAUAUUAUUUAUUGAGAUUAUAAAUAAGGGGCCUCCUGUCACACUCAAAACAUUUUCUCCAAAAAGAAUUUAUGUUUUAAGAACCAGUGAUAAUCAUAUGGUUAGCUCUUUUAGGUUCAUGAACAGAUCACAAACAAGGUUUUCCCUUAGUUGCCAAGUGGUGGGAGGUAGCAUACCUGAAAAUGUAUGUUUGUGUGUUGUAUUUUUUCACAUUUUGUGAACAAAGCACAUUUAUUAAAAAUUUUAAAUUUUCUAA